GUGCAUAUGGUCCUGUAAUGUACGGAUUACCUAGGCAGAUAAUUAAUCAUCUUUUUGGUGAAAGUCGUCGUUGAGUCUGUGGUGGUAUUACGUAAUUACUAGCUAUACUGAAAAUUACUGGGCCUUGCCCAGUAAUUAUGAACUUUACUCAAUCAACAUCACUUUACACCUUACAAGUCCAAGCUCAACCCCGUCUAAGUAGACUCGUCCCGGAGAGUCUAUCUGCUAGUUUAAUACACACCAAUGGCGCUCAUGAUCGGCUUUCUCUAAGUGUUGGUCGCUGGAUGAAAAAUAGCGAAUGUCAUGGAUGGGCUGCAGGGAUAACAUCUAUGAACAUCAAUCUAGAUACCUACCUACCUAUGCUUGGCCACAUGAGUUCUCACCAUCCCAAGACCAACACAAUUUGUCGGCAACUGUCAUCAACCAACAAUAGGAUGGAUGUCGCUCUUUGCAGAUGGUUUAAUUCCUCACAAGUUUACUUAUGCUAGUAUAAAUGAUGGCAUCUACGAGGUAAACGGUACAUACGGUGGCACGUUCGGCCUUGAGUUGAUGACUCAAAUUGUCGGCGGUCCUAUCAUGUUGCCUUUAAUAGCACUAUCGUGUUACCAACUUGACAAUGCGUCACAUCUG